AUGGAAGAUCACACGAAAUACACAGCCAAGCAUGUCGACGCAGAGCUCCACUUCUGGAGACGCCCGGAUGCCGACAACAGUGUCAAAGUUGACUCUACCAAGGGUAAACCGGAGGACAUCAAGAAAACACACGUAUCAAAUGAGACGCAUCGGGUGUUGGUGCAUGAUAUCCGAGGACAAGAAUCAUCCUUCACACUCGACAAGAACGGAUUCGUAUACCUGUCACACGAAAUGCCCGAUCUCGACAUGGUGUCAGACGAACAGCAUGUUAAGGACACGAUCAUUCCGAAGACCGAAGAAACUGGUGCUACUAGAACAGUCACAUUUGUACAUCGGGUUCGAUGUCUCGCUGUAGACACAGCCUUACUCGCUGACAACCGCGCCCCGGCAUACCAUGUGCACUCAGAUUUCACGCCUACGGGUGCACUCCACUUCUUGCAGAUGAUUAUUCCAGAUGAGCUAGAGCGCAACCGUCUCCUUGCUGGCCGUGUUCUGAUUAUCAAUGUGUGGCGGCCGUUGAAAACCAUCCAGAGAGACCCCCUCGCAGUAUGUGACUGGAGUUCCAUUAGUGUUCAAGACAAGGGUAGUUCUACUCGUUUGAAUCUGCCAAUUGGGCGGCACGAACUCGGGCAGUAUGCGUUUAGUCCGACUCAGAGAUGGUGUUAUCUCAGCGAUCAACAACCCAAUGAACCUCUUGUCUUCACUCAGUUUGAUAGUUCCAAAGUGGAUGAGGGAGGUUUUACAGUCCCGCAUAGUGCAUUUGUUGAUCCGGAAUAUACCGAGUGUGCUGCAAGGGAGAGUCUAGAAAUCAAGAUGUUUGCAUUUGUUUGA